AUGGCUGAUAAUUUAGACGAAGAAAUUCGUCAAACAAUUAAUUUUAGAACUAACAUGAAACUCAUUCCAUCUAUUUGUGAUCAUCACAAAUCAACCUACACAAAUCGAUUUACAUCGUUCAAACAUAUGUCUUCAACAUCCAAACUUCAUUUUUACCCGGGGCAACGUUUGUGUGUUAAUUGCGAUAAUCAGUUACAUAGACUUGUUCUAAACAACGACGAUGAAAAACAAUUACUCAAUCCUGAAGAUACUCAAAAUAUUGAUAGUACAACUCAGGAUACUAGUUCAACUACAAAAACUUCAAGUGAAGUAACAUCAAAAAAAGGAAAACAAAUUGAACAGAUAGCCGCCUGCGAAGGGUUGUCCACUCAAAAUGUCGACGAUGCAUCACAGCAAUCCAAGAUUGGCAUUCAACCAACAAUGAAAACUCGAUCUACAAUUGAAAACCCAGUUCCGUCUUGCAGUCAUCACGAACUUCAAGACAUCCAUAUGACUGAAAUUUCACAUUCGGAUACUCCUUCAAUAAGACAAACCAAUAUUCGUUCAAGAACUACAUUACCCAAAGCAGCAACAACAAAUCCAACUCCGAGCGUCACACAGCAUCCACUACAAGAAGAACCAGAAACAAAUCAGCACACCAGCACAGCACUCAACACGAAACAACAUGACCAAAAAGAAAAGAAAAAAGAAUAUCAGCGCAGAUAUUUAGCCAAAGUAAAAAUACAAAAACAAGGAGCCGUUCAUUAUAACGCUCAACAAGAGCUGCUCUCCACACACAUGAAGCAUGCUCCUUCCGUUGAGCAAAUGGAAAAUGCAGAAACAAAUAUCGUGGCAGCCCUGAUGAAUCUCGUAACCAACACUGGACUCGGCCGCUUUCCUGAAAUCACCACGUUAAUGGACAACUGGCAAGCUGCUGCCAAUCUGGAUCCAAACGCACCUCGUCCAACCAUAAUUUCCAACAUCAUCAACGAAGUAAACCAAAACGUCACCGAAGACGACAUGAGUCGCAUCGUCGAAGAGUUCUUGCAAUCAUGGAACAUCGAAGCUAAACUAUUUGCUUGCGCCAGCUGUGGAAUGAAAGCUUUCGAAAUGGGAGCCGAUCAAGCACAUUCCGUACCCAUCGAUCAACUGAGCAGUUUACUUAUGUCCGAUACCGACAUGGAGGAAUUACUCAGCAUCCCAUUGAAAUUCAGACCCAUGGUUAGUUACUACCAAUCAACGAGCAACAAUCAUUAUUACCACCUGCACCGUGAGUUCGUCACAACCCAAGCAACAGCUUCAUCCGACGGACAAGAUACAGAACACGCUACCCUGUGUUUGCCUUGCUAUGAAGCAGCGAUUCACGAUAGAAAAAUCCCCAUCUUAUCUCUCGCUGCAGGAGUCGAUUUCGGAAACGCCGAUCGCAUUUUUUUGCCAACCCUGACAUUGGCUGAAGAAUACGUGAUUGCUACUGCAAGAUUGUUUAUCUUAAUCAUUAAACUAUCCGGUUACCAACACGGAGAACGCCAGAGUGGCAAACUGGGACACGCAAUAGUCUUUCCCCAAUACGGCCCGCAGCUCGAAACAGAAAUUCGCAAAGCUCGCAUUCAACGACACACGGGGAUCUUCCCAUGCUUAGACAAUAUUUACGACACGAUAAGCAUCGCUUUCGUAGGGUCAGAUUUACAGUGGGCGGCAAUGGCGGUUAACAAGUCACAUCGCGCAUUUAAACCCAUUCGUGUUCGCUCCGCCGUCAUCUACAUGUGGUUGGCGGCUUUAAAAGCUUGCAAUUCAAGAUACCGAGACAUCACCAUCGACGACUCGGAAGAGAUGACCGCCACUCUGGAAAGCAUCCCAAAUCAAUUAAUCCAAAAAGCCACGGUUGUUGGCGAUAAAUGCGAAAUCGAAAUCGAUCGACUCGUUCAUGAACAAAUUCCACAGCCUGUGAACGACGACGACCAGGACAAACUCAUCGAGGAGAAUCCAACUGGCUACCCGAUGUCCUUCCUGACAAGAUCCGGUGACCCGAAAACAAACAACACUUCGGCGACAGCCAUAGCAUUUCAAAGUAUCGCCGCGUCCAUAGGAGAAUCAAACAACCCUCAAGGCGACCAAGCUACAGCGCACGAAAUUUCCACCGAUUCCCCUCCGGAAGAAUUAUUAGAAGCAGAGCCAAACUGCAUCGACAUCGAACAAAGUGCGGAACCUAUCAACGAAUUUGAAGAAAACCAUCAUCUUCUUUAUUCGGCGUUCCCUCACCUCUUUCCUUUGGGAAAAGGACUUAGAAGAACGAACAGCGUCCCCCAAAAAGAUGUCUACCACAUGGAGAAUCAAUGGAGUGGCAAGUUUGCCAAAUGCUUGCGUUUUCAGUUUCUACUGUUUGAUCAAAUGCAACGACACUCUGCAGCUCGAGCCGUCAAAGCCAGCGUGCUUUCAAACACGGUGUCCAUGACAAAAUUCAGCGAGAUGAUUGCAAACCCAGCAUUCAUCGGGCAACUGGAACACGCCAAAAACCAUCCCAACACGACCGAAGCCAAAGCUCUUCUGGCCAAAAUGACACCACACAUCUCUUUGGUCAACCGCAAAGUUCCGUACAGUGCGGCAGAAAGAAAAGCGGCCGUCGGACAUCUAAUGAAUAUGACGACAUCCACGGAUUGCUCAACAUUCGUUUAA